UUAAUUUCUUUUAGUAGCCAAACCACUUGAAGAACAUGUAGGUACAGUUCCUGCUUGAAAUUCUUCCUGAAAAUUGCUAUAGACUUCAUACAGAUUGAAAACCAGUAAAUAUUUGAACCAAAAUCUACAAUGUGUAGCAGAUUUUAUAGCGUCAGAGCAGUCUUAUUAUGUGACAAAAUUUUCUACUUUCUCAUUAAGAAUUUUGAACGGACAAAUUAUGUGGAUUUCUGGAAUAGCAGUUAUCCUAUACAAGGCCAGUAGCAGAUAAUAAGAUGUAAAAUCUUAGUUUUCCCUUUGGAGUUGUUUUGUUGGGAUUUGGCUGAGUUCUGGAGACUCAGGUUGCAGAUCUGACCUGCAUUUUGGUUUGAGAAAUUUGAAACCAAAACAUGCCUACAAAAACUAAUUUACAUUUGUGGUGCUAACUUGUUAGAAUUCUGUUGCUUGGGCGGUUUUUUUACCUUUUCUUUUUAACAUUUUGCAUGCUGAGCUGCCACAAACAAAUUUAACAUUUUCUAGAUUAGAGAUACAUGGCUUUUUUUUUUCACUGUGAUAACAAAGUCUGCAUUUGUGGUAAAAGGGUAAGUCUGUGUUUGUGCUUUGACAUUUGAGGGAAAUCUCUAUGGUUGCCACAAAGCAAAAAAGAAACAACUUCUUACUGGUCUCUAAUCUUUACAGUGUUGUAGAAGUCAUGUUCCAUUAAAGUUUUUGGGUCUCACAAUGCAUGCAUAUUUCUGAUGUAUAUGUACGGAAGAAAAACUUCUAAGCCUGUACUCCUGUAAAGUAAAUAUACACAGGUAUUUUCCCCCAAAAUGCCAAAGCAGUGGAAAGGAUUCAAAAAAGGUUUAUUCCCAAGGCAAGGACACUAAAAACUUACAGAAACCUCACAGUGCCCCAAGACAGCACUGGGCCUCAGGGGAAAGGCAAGUUCCAGUGCUCUUUCAGCACUUUUCAUCUUCUCUCUUUCCUCCCCCGCCCUCUGGCUCGAGGAGGCCCUGUACAUGUCUGCAAAGGAACCUUAUCUCUUCGGCAUUCCAGAGAGAGAGAGAGAUCUCACUCACAGCUCUCCCUGCAACUUUCUCUGAAAUGCAGAAGGGAAAAGGAAAAAAGGCUUCCUAAGUGAAAUGAGUUCGACCUUCGUGUUACAAAUUCUUCUGAAAGCACACCUAUUCCUACAACUCCUAUCUGAGGAAGGAUUUUGAGGAUGGUUGUGUUUCUAGGAAUCACUGUUUCUCAAAGUCUUUCCUUUGUAUGGCAUGACUGGAAGAAAACAAAGUGUUCUUUUAAUUUGGAAAAUGUGGGCAACACAUUUUGUCUAUGUAUAGAAAUACUGUACUUACCUCUAGGGCAUUCCUUUUCCCCAGGAAGUUUGGGGCAAGCUAUCCUGCUUGUUCUUUUCUCUUCCCUGGAGAUCCUGAAAUGCUUUCCAAACAUUACUGUAUUUAUUUCCUUUUAUCACUGUUUGAAGCAAUAACUUUAACAGCACCGUGUUUUCUCAUUGGUUGGUGGCACUUCAUUACAUCUUUGCAUAGGCAGUGAAGGAAUAGCCAGCUGGAAACUAUGAAUUGUAAUACAGCACUAAGGUGGUUUCCAAGCAGGAGAACAGAUAAACCUGACAUGCCAGGAAUGAUGAUUUAGAGCUGGUGAUGGCAGAAAGAAUUUCAAGCAAAAACUGAGAAAUAUUUGAGAGACUAUCCUGAUGACAAGGUGAAUUUCAAAGUGUAUAUAUAUUUUAUAUAUAUAUAUAUAUAUAUUUCAGUAUAUUUCCUCAAAAAUAUACUUCAUAGUAUGAUGCAUGUGUUCUGCUCCUAAAAGUAUGUUUAAUAUUUGUGUUUUACUAAUUAUAUUUAAUUAUUACUUCAGGAAUAGGGAGAAUCCAUGCUUUUGCCUGUGGUCAGCAAGGAAGUUUUACCUAGGGUUCUGGUCACUUAUUGUUCUCUGUGCUCUUGCAACUAAGCUGCUGCCAUGUUCUGAAGUAGGUAAUUCAGAGCUACACUAGGAUUAUCAACAAGAUCUCAGCAUAACUGGACUAUGGAGGGGAUGAACCUUCUUCAUUCGUCAGGAUAUGUUACUGUCUUGAGCAGUGAGCUCUAUUUUAUUGCACUUUGUAUAUUUGAUUUGGCACAAUAAUUCAACAAAUUUGAAUAUUAAUGUAAUGGCUGUUAAGUACUUUAAUACAACAUAAGAUGGAAAAUAAGGACUUCAAAUGAGAUGAAAGGAAUGCCAUUCCUAACUGAGAUUUGCUCCACUUAAAUAGCAGCUGUUUACUGAACCUUCUGCACUGAGGUCUGGCCUGCCUGCUGGAAAGGAGAGGAGGGGCCAGGCAGCUUGCCCAUAGUUCCAAAGAUGGUAAAUGACAGAAGAAUGCAGAAAAAGAUUUUUUUUCUUUUUUUUACUGCGAAAUUUUCAUUUAAAAUCUAUCUAUUUUGCAAGAGCAAACUCCCAUCGUUGCAUCCUCAUAUGGCAGAUAUGGCCAUCCUGCUUCAUUAUAGCUCUGUCCUCCCUGAGGGUACUUGCCUUGAAUUAGGAUGUCACUCCCAUGAAUGAAGGCAAGUGCUUCUCAGCUUUAUAGCAAAUGCUGCCAUAACUCUGAAUGGGGUGGGGGUGAACUCAUCUUUUAUCUGCAAAGGUAUUUUCACCUCCUAGCAGAUCUCACACUUACUUUACAUAGAACAGGAGUUAUUUCUAAUCUGUUUGGAAAAAAUGCUUUUUUACUGACACCUGAAUGACUGUUGUCCAAGUGUUUGAGUACUGUAUUUAAAAAAGUGCAGGAGGUGCUCUGAUUACUCUUGAAGUUGUUGUCAUACCCAUUUCCUCAUGGAAAUAAAGUAACCCUUUCAAGUUUGGCACAUAUUGUCCUUGAUAAGGUUUGGGAAAGUGUUAGAUAUCAAUAGCUUUCCUCUGAAAAUACUCUGAUGUGCUGUUUAAGAAGACAGCUUACUUAGAAGCAGUUCAUUUCUGGCUUUUUGGGAGGUCCGAGUCCAGGGUGUGUCAGGCUCACUCUGCCAGCUGUGACUGAGGAGUUGGUUCUCUUCAGCAGUAAGCUGGAGGUAGCAGCAGAGUUUAAGGAAUGGUUAUACGAUCUUAAAAUCUUUGGGAGAAGGUGGCGAUUUCACAGUUUCCAAUGUUAUCUUCCCUUCUGUUUACUAUUAUUUCUUUUCUUUUUCUUUCCUACUGUAGAAUUCACACCAGCCUUACCAGAAGGAGAGGCAUUUCGGCUCUCCAGCCUCCACAGACUGGAAAUUUUGCUGUUUCAUUGUCAUCAGCGAAUAACUGUGGUAUUUCUUUGCUUUAGCAAACUGGAAAAUGGAAAUGAAGAGAAACACAACAAAGUUGUUGUGGCUGUUGAUGUUCUUUUUUGAUAUUGUGCCAUUAAGUUAUGAGAAAUCAAUGAGAGAAAGAGCUAUUGAGCUGAUGCAAGAUGCACGUUUAAUCGAUGGCCACAAUGACUUUGUACUGCAACUGAGAAUACUUUACCAAAAUAGAAUCAGUAGAGUCAACUUAAGAGAACUCAACAAGACCCACACAAACCUUGUGAAACUUCAGGCUGGUUAUGUGGGAGCUCAGUUUUGGUCAGUGUAUGUUCUUUGCAGCGCUCAGAAUAAGGAUGCUGUGCGUCUGACUUUAGAGCAAAUUGAUGUUGUCAAGAGGAUGUGUAACAGCUAUGAAGAGCUGGAACUUGUGACAACUUCCCAAGGUAUCUCUGAAAGUAGAAGGAUUGCAUGUUUGAUUGGAAUAGAAGGUGGCCACUCCAUUGACAGCAGUUUGGCAACGCUAAGGAUGUAUUAUGACUUGGGUGUUCGUUAUAUGACUUUAACACAUUCCUGCAAUACGCCUUGGUCUGAAUCAUCAUCUAAAGGAAUACACAACUUUUAUCCUAAUGUUAUUGGUCUGACUCCAUUUGGCCAAGAAGUGGUAAAGGAGAUGAAUCGCCUGGGUAUGCUGAUAGAUUUAUCUCAUACUUCAUAUUCCACAGCAAAAGCUGCACUGAGUAUCUCAAAAGCACCAGUAAUUUUCAGCCAUUCAUCAGCAUUUUCUAUUUGUAAUCACUCAAGAAAUGUCCCUGAUGAUAUCCUCCAGCAACUGAAAAAGAAAAAGGGAAUUAUCAUGGUGACUUUCAAUGCAGAUGUACUGGCCUGUGGCAGAAAAGUUGUUAAUAUUUCUACCCUUGCAGAUCAUUUUGACCAUGUAAAGAAAAUUGCAGGUUCAGAAUCGAUAGGAAUUGGUGGUGACUAUGAUGGAGUGGCACGUUUCCCUGAGGGAUUGGAAGAUGUCUCUAAAUACCCUUCUUUGAUUGAGGAACUUCUUAGAAGAGGAUGGAAUGAAACAGAACUGAAAGGAGUGUUAAGGGAAAACUUCCUCCGUGUCUUCAGGGAAGUGGAAAAUGUGCAGAACAUCAGUGGAGUAAUGGACAUAGGUGAAAGUGAAACUCUACAAGAAGUACAAAAUUCCUGUCGCCUCGACCUACGUAAUCCUCGGCUUGAGCCAGCCAGGUCCUUUGCAUUUCCUUCUCUGGUACAACCCUUUAGUCUGACACUUGUAUCAUGUUUAGUGCUGUAUUAUGAAUCAUAACAUCUAUGGAGUCUAGAGAGAGAUUUAUGGAGUAAUUUGCAAUGCAACUAGUUAUCUUUUUGCAUUUUGUUAAUGCAUAAGUAUAGCUUUAUACUAAAUUUUCAAUAUAAUUUCUACAAAUUCACCUGUAAACUUGAAAAGAUGUACCAAAAGCAUUUAGAAUUUGAAGUUAUAAAUUCUGUAUCCUCUUGGCUAGACCAGGACCAACAUUGUUAAUAGAAUGUACCCAGAUCUAAUGAAUUCUGUAAUACACAACAUAUAGUUUUGUCACCCGUGUUGUGGCACUUGGUAUAAAUACUGGAGUACAGAAUCAGCAGUUCCACACAGGAAGUAGAGAUUAUGAUUAAGACAGAUAUGCCAAGAUAUUUUCAGAUAUUACUUCUUCUUAAAUUAUACAACUUUCUUCAAUAGGUGAUAACUUACUCAGAGGAGACCACCCUAUAUGGAGAAGAGAGAUUUUUUUUUUGUUUGCUUGGGGUUUUGUUUUGUUUUUUAAGAUGACAAGAUGGAAGACAAGGCUAUUUUGAUUUGGGUUUCAUGCCUACCACUAGUUUUAGAGAUCUAUCCUGCAGUACUAAACUCUUAUUUUUGAACCCUGACCAGGACAGUGGGCAACUGGAGAGUUACUGAAGGGUGGGAGUAGAUCUCCUGUAUUCAAGUACAGGUGAACAGGCAAUGUUGUAGAUAGUUUUCUAUAAUUUGGGGACUGCUGUUUGCUGCAUGUUCAUGAAGAUGAUAACAAGGACAACCCAGGACAAAGAAGGAAUUCCAGCUAGUCAGAGGGUUGCAGAAGUCUUUUUCUCAUUUAAACAAUUAUCCUUAUCAGUAACAGGUUUUAUUAUUUCAUUUUUAUUCUAGCUGGCUAAAAUCAGACCAUUGCCAGUGGAUUCCUAGACAUGAGAUUAGGAAGAGGCCUUUUUAUUAUAAAUCUUCUGCUGUUUUGGCCUUUGGAACACAUUUUCAAAUACACAAGGUAUGUGAGGUUAGAAGCUACUGUUAUAGAGAAGAGCAGAUAUUGAGAUAGGCCUAUUCUUGGUAGGCUAAAAACUGACAUUUCAAUCAAAUAUACUGAAAUUUGUGAUGAAAUUAUAGGAUGGCAGCACAACCUCUUUGUAGGGCCAGUUCCCACUGCUUGCUGGUAAGUGCCUUCUCAUAAUGCUUGCUGUUAAUUGUGAUUUUUUCCUUUUAUUUACUGAUAUGAAAUCUACAGAAUUUAAUAGAAUAGUAUAGAAUAAAAGUCCUGCUGAUCUAAGGGCAGUAUUUGUAAACACACAAAGUAUCUAACUUUGUGUUAGAAAGAGAAAGGGAAGAGAAAGGCUAAGGAAAGAGAAAGAGAAGGCUAAGCAUGAGCAGAAUGGAAAACCAGCAAGUCAGUUGUUUUCUAGAGUCACUUGAGACGGUUCCUACCAUCCAUUUCUGCAUUCCAUGUAAAAGUAGGAAGAACCCUGUUCUUUCAUGAUUCAAAAUGAAGCUUCAUUAAUUCUUUUGUUAGGAUGGUCUCCUUGAUAAGUAUAUUUUGAAUAUACUCCUGUCACUUACCAAAUUCUUUACAAAUUGUGUUGAACAAUCUAGUUGCAUAGAAGCCAAGUUUUUAAGAACAGUUUCUCAAUAAAUGCUGAUCCUUCUUAUGCAUCUAGAAAGGGGAAUUACUGCACUGACUCAGAAGUCUGGCCUUCCUGAUACUGCUUGACUGGCAUCAGAACUUGUUUUACUGGUAAAUGAUGAAUUAAAUAGGGAAUGUUUACUUCCCAUGAGCAUUUCUUCUAAUAGGUUCAUAAGCGAUUGGAAAACUGCCAUCCAUGAUCCCUUUUCAUAGAACUAGUACUCUGAUAGUUGCUUCAUUCAAUACUUGAAAUGUAAGAUGCUUCCUUAUUCCUUCCAGCUGUUUUCUUUAUACUAUAUUGUCACUUUACUGCCUGCUAAUUUUUACUCUUUUUUUCUUCAUGCUACAGCAUAGAUUAAAAAUAUAUAUUGCUUUUCUUAAAGAUACAGAUAAUAUGACUUGUCUUAUCUAUAAUGUAUUGCACUUACUUGUUUGACUGCUUUGUGCUAUGAGUAAUUGGUAACCUUGUGGCAAAACAGACAGGAAACUUAAAUAAAAUAUUGUUUAAAAUUG